AUGUUGGUUUUACAUAAUUUACAUCAGGUUGUCUUUAACUUAUCUCAAAUCACUUCAGCAAUUACCUCCAGAUCAGUAUGUUUUUCUUCGAAACCAGUAAAUAAAAAAAAUGAAAUUGAUAUACUAUGUCACAAUAGUUUUUUACAAUCCCUUAAGCUUUUUCAACAAUCAGAAAAUUACAAAGUUUUUAAUAAUUUACCCAAUGUCAAAUUUGGUCCCAAACUAGAAGAUAUUCAAUGGAUAUUUUUUAAAGAUUUUAAUUUUAAGUUUAUUUCACAUAAAUCAGAUCGAAAUCAUUAUGAUAACGUUAACAGUGAAAAUUUAAGUUUUGAAUCGAUAAAAAAAAAUAUUAAAAGUAACUUUUGUGAAAGACAAUCUGAAGUAUUAUUAAAUGUUGAAAAUUAUCUUAAAAAUAAAGAAAAAUGGAGUAAAAGUUUUGUGUCGAAAAUAAAUUUUGAUAAAAAUAAAGAAACAUCUUAUUGUGGGAGUUCUGAAAAUUUAAUGAAAUUUAAUAAAAGUAAAAUUCAAAAAAGGGGGUUUAAAACUAGGAGAGCAAUUUUAUCUGAAGAUAAACUAAAUCAAGGUUUUUUUCCAAAAAAUGAAAAGAAAAUGGAAACUGCUAAUCAAACUUCAGGGCCUAAUAUGGUUUUUCAAAAAGCUGAUAAGUAUAUAGAUACAAUGGGAGAUGAAAAUUUGACAGCAGAAGAUAAAUUGAGGUCGAAAGUAUCAUAUGCAGAGGGUUAUUUGGCAGCGACAAACGAAUUGAAAAAAAGCAACACUCCUUUCUCUAAAAAUAAUUUAUUUUCAAUUAAAUUUGGACAUCCUGGAGAAGUUGAUCCGGAAACUGUUGGAGUAACAUUUUCAGAUGUGAAAGGAGUAGAUGAAGUAAAAGAAGAGCUACAAGAAAUUGUUGAGUUUUUAAAAAAUCCUCAAAAAUUUUCUAGCAUGGGAGGAACUUUACAAAAAGGAGUUCUCCUUGUCGGUCCUCCUGGAACUGGAAAAACUCUUCUUGCACGAGCAAUUGCCGGUGAAGCAAACGUACCUUUUUUUCAUGCCAGCGGUUCAGAAUUCGAUGAAAUAUUUGUUGGUGAAGGUGCCAGGCGGAUUAGAAAUCUUUUUAAAUCGGCCAAAGCUAAAGCACCAGCAAUUAUAUUCAUUGAUGAAAUAGAUUGCGUUGGUUCAAAGAGAAACAGCACAAUGUUACAUCCCUAUGCCAAUCAAACCAUAAAUCAACUUUUAUCCGAAAUGGAUGGAUUUGCAAAAAACGAAAAUGUUAUUGUACUCGGUGCGACAAAUAGAAAAAGCGAUUUAGAUUCGGCUUUACUCAGACCUGGAAGGUUCGACGUUGAAGUUAUGGAAAUACUUGAAUUAUACGUUAAUAAAAUCGUCAGUAAAAACAUAGACAUUGAAAAACUGGCAAAAGCAACUGCCGGUUGUUCCGGAGCACAUUUGGAAGCGAUUGUAAAUCAUGCAGCCAUUAGAGCUGCCGUUGAAGGCGCGCCUUUUGUUACAAUGGAACACAUUGAAGAAGCAAAGGAUAAAAUCAUGAUUGGUCCUAAAAGAAAACAAGCCACGGAAAGUUACGACGAUAAUCUUUUGACGGCAUAUCACGAAGGGGGUCACACGGUUGUCGCUUAUUUCAGCGAUGAAAUCGGUCAAUUAGACAAAGUAACGAUUGUUCCCAGGGGAGGAUCAUUGGGUCACACGUCGGUUGUUCCUUCAAAAGACGAAGUUUAUCUUACAAAAGCGAUGUGUUUGGCUAAAAUUGACGUUGCUUUGGGGGGAAGAGCGGCCGAAGAACUUAUUUACGGUCCGAAUAAAAUCACGGCGAAUGCUGCUGACGAUCUCGACGUAACUACAGCGUUAGCAGCUAGCAUGAUAAAAAGUUUUGGAAUGUCGGAAAAAAUUGGAUUAAGAACGAUAAUAAAUUCGUCGAGCACCAACAGUUCGGGACAAAGCGUGACGGACGAGGUCGACGUGGAAGUCAAAAGAUUAAUUCAAGAAUCAUACGAACGAGCAAAAAGCAUAUUGAAAAAACAUGCCAAAGAACACAAAUUGUUAGCGGAAGCUCUUGUCAAAUACAAAACAUUAAGUCCCGAAGACGUACGAGCGAUAUUGGGAGAAAGAGUGUCGGAAAAAGCAUCCAUUUCCGGUGUUAAAUAA